AGAGAACCUGUAGAAGACAUUAUAUGACUGUCCAAAGUACACAGACAAAACACCACUGUGAUCAUCUGCCACCUCGGGUCAUCUCAAGGAGAAACCCAGAACACGCUAAAAAAAUACCGGAGGAGAGAACUAACGGCGGAUUCCUUUUCUCUAAAAUUCAACUGUGUCGGGUUAUUUUACUUUGAUUCCAAAUGUUGCGAUUAUGCUUAUUCUUCAGCUUGAUACCCUGGACAAAAUCUGUUGCAGAAAAGAAGUGUCUCGAAUUCACAGAUCUCAACGUGUCAGACGCUAUUGCUGAUUUGUUUAACCCCAGCCUGGAUGUAAAAAUGCUGUUGUACACCAGGGAAUUCAGAAACUGCGCUGAAGCCGUGUUUCAACCCAAUUCCACGCUGAACGUGCGAUUCGCCCACGUCAAGAAAACAGUCAUGAUUGUUCACGGAUACAGAGGAGAAGGCAAAAAGCCCCAGUGGCUACCCACCAUGGUCAGUCUCCUGCUUAAGGCAGACGAUAUUAACGUCAUUGUGGUUGACUGGGUCCGAGGUGCUACCACUCUAUACUAUCCACAUGCCGUCAAAAACACCAAACAAGUCGCCAGCAUCUUGGUGGAACACAUUCUAAACCUGAAGACACAAGGAGUUUCUCUUGACAACAUACAUAUGAUAGGACUGAGUUUGGGGGCUCAUAUAUGUGGAUUCGUUGGAGAAAGUCUCAACGGUUCUCUCGGAAGAAUUUCAGGUCUUGAUCCUGCCGGCCCCCAGUUCACUGGGAAACCAGCAGACGAAAGAUUAGAUCGCACCGAUGCCAAGUUCGUUGACGUUAUCCAUACUGAUACUGAUGCUCUAGGUUUCAGAAAUCCUAUGGGCCACAUAGAUUUCUAUCCCAACGGUGGGUCUAAGCAGCCAGGUUGUCCCAAGACCAUAUUUUCAGGAAGUUCAUUUUUUAAAUGCGACCAUCAGAGAUCAGUCUUCCUGUUCUUGUCAUCUUUGGAAGGGAAAUGCAAUUUAACUGCGUGUCCCUGCAGUUCGCAACGAGCGUUCCGGAAUGGUCAGUGUGUCAACUAUGAAGUAUUUAAGCCACUGCCCUGUCCACAACUAGGUUACUAUGUGGACAAAUGGAAAAACUAUACGAGUGAAAACGGGACUACGAUUUACUUUGACACUAACAAGGAUCCUUUCUGUAUGUAUACAUUCAUUGUGGAUAUUAGUAUUUGGAGCAAAACCAGAGGGAAAGGCUAUUUUAAAAUUAAGUUGAUUGAUAAAAAUGGGGAAAAAGAAGAAACAAAAAUUAAAGGUGACUACGUGACAUUAGAAAAAUUUCAACAAAUCCGUUUGUUCGCUGGAUUUUACCGGGAUUUUAAAGAUAUCUCAAAAAUCUCCAUGACGUAUUUUCAGAAAGGAGGCUCCAGUUGUAUUAAUAAGGUUUACCAACUCAAGGUGCAAUCCCUCACAAAUCCAGAAAGGCCGCCACUUUGCAGAUAUGAUUUCAUACUGAAGGAAAAUGUGGAAACAACAUUGAAACUGAUUUCAUGUCAAAAAGUGAAAAUAAAAAGAAAAUGAUCGGUUGUAAAUAUCUGCCUGCUAUAAAACUCAUGGUUGUUACACAUGAGGAUAGUGCGGGGUCAAGAGGACUCGUAUUUAAAUGCUUGUCUUGUGGAAACUUUGAAGAAUGCAAUAUUUUUUGGAGAAAAUUUCCAACAGCAGAAGAUAGGCAGCUUCUGAAGAUUUUGAAGAAACUUUUAAUUUAACU